UUUUUCAGUUGUUGGUUAUCCAUACAAAGAGGAAUGUUAAUCUCUUUUAUAGUGCCGAUGUCUCUUCUUAUAUUGAUAAAUACAGUUUUCAUGAUUUUGGUAUUGAAAACGUUCUUUCAACAAAGACCAGUGACACACAUGUCAGAAAUAGAAAAAACCAGGGUAUCAUUAAGAGCCGGUGUGACAUUAUUGCCUUUCUUUGCUGUAAAUUGGUUCUUUGGUGUAUUAGCCCUUGAGGACACAUCCACUACCAUCUUCCAAUAUGCAUUUGCUUUUACUAAUAGUUUACAGGGAAUUCUGAUUUUCAUCUUCUACUGUUGUAUGGAUAUAGAGGUAUUAUUAUAUUCAGCUUUACUCAAUUUAUUUUAA